UGUUGGGCAAAGCUCCUUCAACUAUCCAUAAUGAUCUUUAGCUUACGUUUCACCGACCAUAGUUUGGGUAUGUUGUGGAAGCAGCACCAGCAAUACUUCACAAAAAGAAGUGCUGUGAAUCAAUAGCUGUUACGUUUACGGUUAACGUUAAGUGCUACGUGUACUCUGAUAAUAUAAACACUCACUUUUAUCAAGGGACGUCGCAACUGUCCCAACAUGAGGACGUGAGGAACAGGAAAUGGGCGCGACAAAUGCGCGAGCUCGCGCCCAAAAAAUUAGAGUAUGCUAGCUCGAAUCAUACGGAGGCAUUUGAGCCUCAUCGGCGCUUCGGCUGCGGUUUUGGCUUGACAUGGAGGACACGCAGCUUACUGCGGAUGAGAUGGCUGCCAUCCGUUUCCGGGCAGAGGAUCUAGCACGACGCACAGUGGACUACCACCGUGUUCGUGAGGCUGAGCGGCGCUCCCGCGAGCGCUUCGGUCGGCGCUUCACGCCCUUCCCCUGGGCUGAUGCGGCCGCCGCGGUGCUGAGCGAUGAGGCGGUGGAGGACGAGGACACGCUGGUGGCGCUCAUAAGGGAGCUGGGCAGGCAGGGCUGCUCCGAGGUGGCGCUGGCCGCCAUGGACCUGGUGCUGACCCGCGGGUCGCUGCCGCCCAGCAAGGCGCUCUUCGACUCGGCCAUCCUGGUGUGCGCCACCGAGUACCAGGACGAGCGCUGCCUGGCGCUGCUGGGUCGCAUGCGGGUCGCGGGGCUGGUGCCGGACCUGGGCACCGCCAACCUGGUGCUGUCGGGGCUGUGCGUGCGGGGUCGGCUGGGGCGGGCGGUGGAGCUGGUGCGCAGCAUGACGGGGGAGCUGGGGCUGCGGCCUAACAGCUACACGGUGCUCAUGGUGCUGCAGGCCUGCAACUACAAGCGGCGAGGGGCGUACCGGGAAGCCAUCGACGCAGUGCAGGCCCUGGAGUCCUGCGGGCGCCCCGCCAGCGAGGAGGUAGUGGAGGCGCUGCUGCAGGUGUGCGAGGCCGCCAUGCACGCGGCGCCCUCCUUCGAGGCGGCUGUGGCGGUGUUCGAGGCGCUGGCGGAGCUGCAGCUGGCGGACUGCACGCGGGUGUACAACGGGCUGCUGGGCGCGGCGGGGCGGGCGGGCCGGUGGCGGGAGGCGCAGGCGCUGUACGCGCAGAUGCAGGCGGACGAGGUGCCGGCCAGCCUGGACACGCACACGGCGCUCAUACAGGCGUGUGUUGUGGGUCGCGCCCUGGACCGCGCGCUGGACAUCUUCGAGCACCUGGUGGCGGGGCGGGCGGCGCACGAGGCGGUGCCGGCCUCCAUCGCCACCUACAACCACCUCAUACACGCGUGCCACCAGGCCGGCAUGCUGGAGAAAGCUCUUGAGAUCGCUUCCUGGGUUCAGAACACCGGGGUGGCGUUCGAUGACGAGACGUACGGCGAGCUGAUGGCCACCAUUGAUGUGGUGCAGCUGUGGGACGACAAGGCAAUCAAGCAGGCCCUCCAGCGCCACUCCGCGGUGCUGCCCCGCCACCUGCGCCCCGCGCCCUACGACGCCAUGCGCGUCAUGUACCUGGACCACCUGGGGGCGCUGCAGGAGGAGGAGGCGCUGGCGGCGGAGAAGCUGGGGCCGGGCGGCAGCUGGGCGCCCAGGUCGCUCACGCGG